GCCGGCGAGGACGGUCUACUGACUGAUUGGAAAAUUGUCAAUUGACAGCGUACGGUCAGUCACGGGCUAGUUUCGGUCGCGAAGACACGUACCAUCUGCCAGUGAAUUCCGCGCACUGUCGCCCGGAUCGCGUACUUUUCAGAAUAUUUACCCGUCAAUGAUUUAUUUUUCGUUCGUCAGUUACGAGUUUUACGAUCGAAAAAUAGGAUCGCAGGAUGUGAGUGGAAAGAUAGAAAUUAUCCGCGGUGAAAGCUCGCACGUGUGAAAGCACGCAAGGACUUGACUGUGAUCCUUUUGAAGUAGUGAAACGAUCUUCGUGGCUGUGUACUCCUCUCCAAUUGCACAGCCGUUGCGCAGUUCUUAUCACAAAUUCUUGCGUGUUAUUUGUGUUCUCGUGAAAUCGUCGCGCGAGGAACAUUAAUGUGUGGUCGUAGUAUAAUGAAACGUGAAACUGCUGACAUGAAAUUUAAUCGGGCCAAGUAACGGCGAGAGGAAUAAACAAUUUAGGUUUGUGAAUAAGUGAGUGUUGUUUUUGGAUAUUAUUUUUCGGAACACCUGGCGUCGUGAUCUGGUGUCGCUUGAAUGGAAAACUCCAACCGCCAAAUGUUUCCCGCCGUUGUUUAUUAACCUACGAAGACCGUUGAUAGCGCCGCGGAAAGCGCGUGCAAGCACGCUCUCCCGAACCCUUCCAACAGCAGCCCAUUCGCCAGAGCAAGGAUGUAAUAAUAUGGAUCUUCAGCACGGCAAAAAGCAUCGUCUGUAUCACCGCUACAACCACGGCAACUGGACCGAGUGCGUGCCAAUUUCAUUCUACACACGAUUCUUACGGCUGCUGCUGUUACAGUUGGAUCUACCGGAGACAGAUUCGAUUGCGUAGAAGCGUUCCGGCUUGACUACGCGGGAAAGACCGCGUGUUCAUGAUCUCUCGUGAAAUAAAAAAACGCAUGCCGCAACAUCUUACGCAAAUCCAUCCGGUCGUCGGUGGCAGUGCGACGAUGUAAUCAAGUGCGCGCUUCAUCGUGGCUAGCUACGAACCCCCGCGAGCCGGUCGUUCUAUGUUCUGAUCUGGAGCAGAUGAUCUAGUUUGCGUGAGGAAGUGCAUUCUUGCUUUGUUUGGCGUUUCCCCUCUGCUGCGAACUGAAACUGUGCCACUGCGAGUUCAAUCGUUGAAUAUUAUUUAAAUUAACUUAGUGUGAUUUAACAAAUUAUCGUCGCCGGUUAGCACAAGUUUAUGAAUUAAGUGUGUGCAGAGGAAGCACUGGUAUGGAUGAUGUGUGGAGAAGCAAAGAUGAUCAACAAAAAUAAUAAUUAACUUUGCGGUGUUGAAUGAGCGGCUUUGUGUGAGGGCCUAUCUGGAAGUGAAAUUCCACUUUCGCAAAAAAAAGGAAUAUAUUUAAAAGUUAGCAAUAAAUAAAAUACUGCACUGACAGCCACGAGAAUUCAAUCGUUAGCGACUUAGCCAGAACGGAAUUAGUUCAUGAUUAUCACUUUUCAAGCUAAUGUUCCCGGGUGGUGUGUGUUCGGGAAGAUUAACACAUUUUAUGAUUGACCUGACGCGAGUGUAGAAGUGUGAAGGACUGUCUGGCCAAACAUUCGAAGAUUAACGGAAUUUGUAGGAUUUGUGUGUAUUUCGAAGGAUCAUUUAGUUUCAAGAUCGGACGCAAAGAAAAAGAGUCCUGUGUCAUCGCAAAAGUGGUGUUUUUUUGUUUUGCCCUACAAUAUUUGUGGCGUUUCCGAUCGCCAGGACCUGGUUUAGAUGAUCUUAAACAUCCGAUCCUGAACAACUACUGCCGAGAAGGACAAGAAAAAUGACACCCAAAGAGUGGUUUGCGCUGUUUGCGUUCUACGCGGCCUAUCUAUUCUUCGGAGCCAGCGUUUUCUACCACAAUGAGCAUGCACUGGAGACGGUACGGCGGGCGGAUGAGCUGGCCGAGCGGAUCGAAAUGAAUGAACUACUCACCAAAUAUCUGGCACCCGAGGACCGGGAACUGCAAAACGAAUUGAUCGAUCGGCUGUCCGAGUACUGCGAAAAGAAGGUCACCAACCACACGCUGGACAAGUUUGAUCCACCGUACGUGUGGAAUUUUUACCACUCGUUCUACUUUGCCUUCAUCGUGUGCUCAACGAUUGGUUACGGCAACAUUUCCCCAAACAACACCUUCGGCAGGAUAUUCAUGAUUUUCUACGCACUGAUCGGACUCCCAGUGAAUGGAUUCUUCUUCGCCUACUUGGGUGAUUUUUACGGAAAGACGUACAUCCGCUUGUAUCGACGUUACAAAGCAUACAAACUAUCCGCCAAUUCGCACUACGUCCCGCGAAAGCUCAGCCUGAUUGGACAGAUCAUUCUGUACCUGAUACCGGGCAUUGUGAUAUUUAUCUUCAUUCCCGGUUGCAUCUUUUGCUACUUCGAGAAAUGGCCGUACGAUGUCGGCGUGUACUAUGCGUUUGUGACACUGACGACUAUCGGAUUCGGGGACUACACGAGCACGUUUGAACCAUCGCAGCAGCAUGAAUUUGGAAAAGUUUUCGUUGUUUACCAGAUAUUUGUGGUGCUGUGGUUCUUCGCCGGAGUAGGCUACGUCUUUAUGAUUUUGGGUUUUAUAGCAAAGGGCCUAGCACACAAGAAAGUACAACGGCUGCAGAAGUUACUGGCUUUGAAUGUGAUGGAAACUCAGCAGCGCGUCUGGAACGGUGUGACCAAAGACGUUAGUUAUCUAAGAAAGAUUCUGAACGAAGUCUACAUGCUUAAGUUCAAGCCUGUCUACAAUGAACCAGCGGAUAGGUACAUAGGUGCCAACAUCGGCCGUUCGGAAUCGUGUCCGGAAUUGACGAUGUACCAAGGUCCAGAAUUCGAUCCGAUAGAAAUAGCUCGGAAGCGGGCCCGCUCGAUGUGUGUACCGGAUGGUGACCUACUGGAGAAAUCCAAAUCAACCGUCAGUGUGUCGUCGAUCGGUCGUCGUCUGUCGGACACCGAUCUGAACCGAAUCAACCGGGAAAAGACAUUUGGAAUACAGGCGAUGAUUCAGCCGGCAGAGCUACUGGCUAGAGUUGUAACCGCACUGGGGAAUAUAACCACCAUCGAUGAGGACCGACAGAGUAUCCUGGAGCAGGCGUCGAAUACCGCGGGAAUAAACUGUUUCUCGGACUCUCAAAUUCUGAACAGUGAACGUACAUCUUCAGGAUGGUCUAUGGCAGGUUUUGAGAAAAACAGUUACUUGGCACCUCCGCCGAUGCGACCCCGGGCAUCCUCAGAUAUUGGACUACCUCCUAUACAUCCACCGACGAAUCUCAACGAUUGGACCUGGAGCGUCGGGGACAACAUCCAGAUCAAGGAGAUGAUGAAGGUUCGUCAAAAAGCGCAAAAAUCCCGAGAUAAUUUGCUGCGGGCAGCAAUCAGCAACAGUAAGCAGUACGGUUCGAAUAACUCGGUUCGGGACGAAUUUCAACCACCUGCUUCGACUACGAAUCGCACCCUGCUGCAACGACUCAACCCCUUCCGAAAGCGUUCCACCGCUUCCGAGUCCAGAAAGAACUCAGUUUUCGAUGCGGAGGCUCCUCGCCCCGUGAACAGCUAUUUGGCCCAGACCGCUAAGGGCCGAGCCUCGAUGUUUGCUUACCCUCCGCAGCAAUAUCUGACGGCAACAGCAACCGGACGCAGAAGUUUAUUCUCGCUUCCAACGAACGAUGAACAUCAAGUUCUUGAAACUACUACUAUUGGUGAUCUGAUACGGGCUCUGGAGAUCAUGCACAGUCAAGCCACCAUGCCUAGCGCUGAAGUAAUAUCCGAGCAGUAUGAGUCACCGAAACGCAAGAUCGGAACAGCUACCCCUCCCAAAGUUCCUUCGCUGAUGAACCUCUUCACGAAUACCGUGCAGGACACCGGACCUCGAAGAGGCUCUCUCAAGGUUCCCAUCGGAGGACAAUCGUUUAACAAUCCCCUUCAACCUAGUCUUCUCAAUCCAAAUCCAGCGCCACCGGAAAACCCACCACCUUACAGUACGGCUACCGGUUAUUCCAGUUCCCCCAUUCCCAUUCGUCGACGUUUCAGCGUCCGUCCAUCCAGUCUAGCCUUCCCACCGGGCCAAUGCCCCCGAUCGGGCAGCGUUUCACUAGACAACAACUCACCACCAACUGCGUCUUCCGCUUCCCUGUACAUCCCUACAACGACGUUACAACGUCGGCUUUCCGCUCGACCUAGUCCACUUUCAAACCAGAAUCAAAGUCUCCUUCAAGUUCCUUCGAUGAUCGGAAGUCUUGGAACCAUAGCCAGUGGCUCAUCUCUCAAACCGAAACCCUGGCGUCCGACGCUGCUCCGAUCGGAUUCGGAACAUCCGGUAGCACCGACGCCGACGCAACAAACACCCGUUCUCAGGCCCCGAACCCGUCACAGUAGCCUGGGUCAGAUGGAAUAUCGAAAGCGUACCGAUUCUAGUUGACCGACGACGACGACGCCUACUGCGAGUAUAGAUUAAGAUGACAAGUGGAACUAAUCAGUAUUGCCUUAUUAAAUAUAAUGAAUAGCCAUUGCUAGAAGUGAUCAGUAAAACUGAUAGCCAUUCCGCUAGGUCUAAAAUACAGAAACCUAAUUCCAGUCAAGUGGUUGUGUUACAAAAAGUCUUUUCGAAUAAACUCAUUUAGACAAUAUUAUUAUUAGGGUAAGAGCAGUGAAUAGCAUUUUAGUACAACUAAAUAUUCCUGAAUCACUUAACGUUAGCCAUAUCGAUUUAAAGGAAGUAGACAUAACUUAGACAGUUUUACCAAAUGUUAAGAUUUAAGCCCUAACAUUCUUUAAACGAUAGUGUAGCUUUAAUAAAGAACAACAAGAUUUGACAA